AUGCAACUGCUGCCAGCAGCAUUGGCCAUGGCCCUGCUUAUGGGCAGCUUGGUGCCAGGUGGUGGUCUGUCACUGGAGAGCCUGCUGACCAACAUGAGGUGCAAGUGCAUCAAAUGGACUGCCCAGGUCAUCAACCUGGGGCUGAUCCUCGCCAUUGAUGUCACACCGCCGGGUAUUCACUGCAGGAGGAAGGAGAUCAUUCUUACCCUGAAGAAAAACAAGAAGGUCUGUGUGGCCCCCGAGGCACCCUGGAUCCAGCUGCUCAUCUUCAAGCUGACACAGAGGAAUGUCACCAAGAAGGCAGCAGCAGUGCGGCAGCGGCGGGAAGCAGAGCAGUGGCGCAGGCUCCCUGCCCCAUUGCUCCCUCUGUCUGAAUAUGGUGACCAGUAA